CUUUUCUCAGAUGAUCUGAAUUCUCAACUAUUUCCUUUUAGUGUAUUAUUGAACUGAAUGUGUGUGAAUUGUGUUCGAAAUGUUCUCAUUAACUAUAUUUAAUUUAAAUAAAAACAUUCCACUUGAAAGUAUUUAAUGAACUAUUUACUUAACAGAACUUACAACCUGACUGCAAUAGUUGAUUAUCCUUGGCAUGUAAAAUUAUUGCAUUUGCUUAGAUCUGUGGUCAGAUUGCUCAAAAUAGCGUCGGAGAAUUUUUUAAUUAUUCAAAGGUUUAAAGACUUAAUAAGAAAUAUGUAAUAAAACAAAUUAACCUAUUACAUUGCAAUGUAGUCACAUCUAAGUUUUCGAUAUUUUAAUAAUACAGAAGGAUUAGCAGUAUUUUAGUAGGUCGGUUAAACGAUUUUAGGUCGUGUAGGUGUUCGAUCGGUAUGUGGCACAAUCAGGCAGUGUUAUGAAUGAGGAGGCUCUGUUGGCACGGGCUUCCGAAGAGCGGGAGCGUAUCUUCCAAAGAUACGAGAGAGGGCGAGAGAACCUCGCUGGUCAAAUAGAUCCCUGGGAAGAUCCUGAAUUUGAGGAUUACCAUAAAACAGAUAGAUAUGGAUUCAUUCACGAUGAGAGACUCACACAAAAGACUGCGCCACAAAAAGUUAAUGUGGAAGUUGAAAGAGAGAAGAAAUGGGUCAAGAUGCUUGGAUCCUGGGAAUCGGCCACUACAAAGGAAAAGUUGCACAGGAGAAUAUACAAAGGCAUUCCAAACUCAUUAAGAAUUAAGAUAUGGUGCAAACUCCUAAACGUAAAUACCAUAAAAUCAGAUAACCCUGGGAAGUUUCAGGAGAUGCUAAAACUUGCAAAGCAAUGGUCUACAGAUGUGAGGCAGAUUGAUUCAGAUGUGAAUAGACAGUUCAGAGAACACCAGUUCUAUAGAGAAAGAUAUUCAGAAAAGCAGUGCUCGUUGUUCAAUGUUUUGUGUGCUUACAGUAUGUAUAACUCUGAAGUGGGUUAUUGUCAGGGCAUGUCCGGCCUAGCUGGUGUUUUGCUCAUGUAUAUGGAUGAAGAAGAUGCUUUUUGGGCACUUGCCAUACUUUUGUCUGAUAAGAAAUAUGCCAUGCACGGAUUGUAUGUUGAAGGUUUUCCAAAACUAACAAGGUUUCUAGAACAUCAUGAUAAAAUUUUGAUCAAGUUUAUGCCAAAGCUGAAACAUCACUUUGAUAAGUUUGGCCUUGAUGCCAUACUUUACUCUCUCAAAUGGUUCUUUGUAUGCUUUGUGGAACGAGUGCCCUUCAGUUUAUGUUUGAGGGUGUGGGAUAUAUAUCUGCUUGAUGGAGAGCGAGUGAUUACUGCUAUGGCCUAUACUAUUCUUAAACUCCAUAAAAAAGCUAUUAUGAAGUUAAAUGAUAUGGAUCUUAUUGUUAAUUUUAUUCAGGUGAAACUUCAUAAAGAUUUUGGCUUUGAGGACGACAUUGUUAUUUAUCAUUUAGAACGAUCCAUGGAAGAACUAAAACGAGCUAAACUCGACUACCCUGGUCCACCGCCGCCCUCUGAGAUGCCACAGCGUCAACUCGGCUUGUUCGUGGAACCAGACAAAAAGUCGAAAAUCGGCCAAAGAGCCGAAAAUUUCUCUGAAACCGAAAAACAUGCUCGAGCUACAGUCAUUUUAAGGCGUGAAAAGGCGGCUCUUGAGUUGCAGGAGCUUCGAGUGUCACAGAGCGACACAGUUUCAGUGUUGUGUUCAGAUCACAGCGGGGUCGCGAGCGGCGUUCGGUGCGAGGAUUCGACGUCCGCGCUUGGUUCGCGUCGCUCGCUCGCCGACACGAGCGUGACGAGCACGGCCGACCUCAGCGUGUUCUCGAGCGGCCGGUCGCACGCGCCGGACAACUCGCUGGACACGCACAGCAACAUCAGCGACGACGGCACUGGGUCAGAUGGAUCGGGCAUUUGUAGCCUGAGCAUACAGAGGGCGCCGUCGACUUCCCACUCGACGCCGAGAGCCACGCCUCACCCGCCCUCCGUCUCGCCUCAAUCCGAAGACGUGGUUCGCAUCCACGUCACGUACAACCCCCUGGCCGCUAGUCCAUCGCAUUUACAACCAGUCAGUCCCUCCAAGUACAAAGCAUACGACGAACACCACAAGCCGAUGUCACUGGGAUUCUACACCAACGGCGCCGCGAACCUGCCGUCGGACAAUAGAAUCAGGAUCCAGGUAUCGUCCGAGGAGUUACUGACGCCCGUGGUCGACUCCGGUCGCAUCAUAACCCAACGUUACAUAGAAUCUCAUGCAGGGAUCUACGAUAUUAAUUGAAUUGAUCAAUCGAUAAAUACUCGAUUUUAAUGGAUAUUUAUUUUACCUCGAACUAGUGUGUCGAGUUUUAUCCAGUUAAAAUGUAAAGGUGAUACAUUACUCGAAUUUACGUUUUUUAGCGAUUAUUCAGUAUGAAAUAUUUAAAUUAUUUUCUUAUAAUUAAUUUUUAUUAUUUUUUUAACUCGAUCUUCUCUAUCAAUUGAAAUGAUGCCAUAUUUUUUUGUAUAUUAGCAUUCCGUUUUUUUUAACGACAAUAAAAAUAUCAAUUUGGAUUUAUUUUUUAUUGUGUUUAUUUAUGUUAUUUUUUCUAUUUUUUUAUUAUUUUAUUGUUUUACUAACUCGCGACAGAGUAUCUGUCAGCUAACUAACUGCCCAAGUGCGUAUUCCUCGUAGGGACUGACAUUUGAGAUGGCUUCAAAUAUUACGAAAACGUUAUAGUAAACGACUCCAUCUUGAUAUAAAAAAUAGUGAUUUAAGAAUCUCAAAUGUAAAGUAUUUAUUAUAACUUAAGAUAUGUUCGCUAAUUUUCAUGAAUAGACUUGAGUAGACUUAAAACAGUUCCAUACAUUAUUAUUUAUCUUGGUUGGUUUAAGUAAAAUUUGAUAUUUAGUUUGAUUAGGUUUUUCAAAUUCGGAUUUAUAUUUGAAAUAUCCUUGUGUUAAGAAUACGUAUUUUAGUGCCAAAGUUUUGCAGUUUUGGUCUUCCAUCGUCAAAAAUCUGCUCUCUGAAUGGCGUUUAUCCAAUUACUAACUUAUAGUAUUUAAGAGGUUCCGUAGUCGUCUAUGCACUUUAAACAAAUAUAAAUGUAGGAGUUUAAAAUUUGUAUGAGUAAAUUUAAGUAUCAUAUUUAUUGUUGUAUAGUCCCAAAGCCCAUACAAAAUACAUACAAGAUGACAAAUUAUUUCCAUUUAUAUACAUGAUGACUACGGAAUCAGACCUGCAUGCUUUUACUCAAAAUCGUCCGAAUUAUUUUAUUAUUAUUAAAACUUAUAUUUUUCUUAUUAUUUUUUUUUAGUAUCACAUAAUAAUUACUCGAGGAGUUUAAUAUGAUCGGAGAGACAUAAAAAUAUAUAUAUUUUAAAUUGGCCCGUGUCAUUAAAUAGUAUAUUAUACAGAAAAGACAAUUAAGUAUUAAAUAUGAUAGAGAUAUGCUAUUGGUGGUUUCUGCUUCUAAUAUAAGUUUAUAUAAUUGAGCUGAAAGCUAGAUAUUAUAAGAUCAAAGAUUAAAAUCGAGUACCAUAACAAUUGCCUAAUAAUUAACUAAAUAUA